AUGAGCAGAGAUAAGUAUGCAUCAUUGGUGAACACAAGUGCAGAGCAAAUGUACGAUUUGGAGGAGAAAUUAGCCGCAGCCGAUGGCAUGAUUUCUAAAUGGGACACAAAAACAACAAACACGAUGCUCUUCCACAGCAACCCGCUAGAAGCCGCCCAGUACCUGGCGGCGGUCCAGAAUCUCCAGCAACUGAUGGAAAACUUUUCCGUCAUUGACAGCAACUCUGCGGAGAUGAUCCGUGCGGAGCAGCUGAUGCAGAUGUCGAUGGCGCGUCUCCAGAACGAGUUUCACAACAUUCUGUUAUCUAACAGAGAGCCCAUCGACCGUUCGGGCCGGUUUUCUGUCCAUUCGAGCACGGAGGGGAGCGCAAGGAGGUCGAGUGGCUUCUUUUCCGACGACGACGAAGACGGCGAGAGCGGCACACCGGUUUCCGCGUGUCAGUCAAUUGACAGAAUUUGCGACCUGGACAUGAUUCCGUUGGACGCCGUGGUCGAUCUGAGGAACAUAGUGGAGCGCAUGGCGUCCUCAGGGUACGGGGGGGACUGCGUUCGAGUCUUCGCGGUUGCCAGAAAGUCGGUGGUGGAAGAAAGUCUGUACAAUCUGGGGAUGGAGAAGAUGAGUUUGCACGAUGUUCACAAAAUGGAGUGGGCGUCACUGGAGACCAAGGUGAAGAAAUGGAUUUACGCCGCUAAAAUCAGCAUCCGACUUCUAUUUGCAGGAGAAAAGCGGCUGUGUGAUCAGGUAUUCGAGGAUUUUACGCACCUGAGGGCUUCCUGUUUCGCAGAAAUCGCCAAGGAACCAACCGCUAGACUUCUCCGCUUCGCUGAAGCCGUCGCGGCGGGCAAACGGGCGCCGGAAAAGAUUUUCAUGGUUCUAGACAUGUACGAGACAUUGACUGAUAUCAUCCUCGACAGUUACAGGCGGCACAGAGCCUGGCCCGGCUAG